AUGUGCCCCGGUCUAACAAGUGAAGGAGCAAGAAUGGAUGAAGAAUUACCGAGUGGUACUAUUGUUGGAGUUUUUGCUGAAGGAAAAGAACAUGCACUUGCUAUAGGAUUAACAAAAAUGUCAACUGGAGAUAUAGUAAUUUAG